AUGUCUGGUGUGCCGGUGCGGGAGCAGCUUUUUAAUGUUUCAAUCUGCCACUACAACCAUCUCAAUCUGUUCCAUCAUGGCGACUUUUCAAGAAGUUUUGGGAGGACAUUUGAUCCAUCUAACUUAGAGGUGGCGGCACCAAUUCUGCUGGAGAGAAGUCAUGGCAAUAUCAUCUUUCUAACAAGCCGGGGAGAGGUGAGCUUAUACUCUUCAGGCCUACUUGAUCACGAUGCGACAUGGAGGUGGCAACUAUCGACAGGCGCAACAUGGUCCAACCUUCCAUCUCCAUCAGGGAUGACAGAGAAUGCUGUCAUCCCCACUCACAAAGCCUUCUCUCUGCACGCCUAUGACCCAAAGCAGGUGAUCAUCGCGGGCGGCGACCAGGAGGCCGUGGUGAUCUCUCCUUCUGGUGUCCUACUGGCGUCCAGCGACCUCCCCGCGCCGCUGACUCAUGCAUUAAUUCUCAAGGAUUUCUCUGGCGAUGGGCUGACUGAUUUCAUCCUGGUGACAUCCGGGGGAGUGUGUGGAUUUGUGCAGAUGAGGCGGCCCGGGGCGCUCUUCUUCGGCACACUUGUUGGCUUCUUGAUCGUUGCGAUCGGGGUGAUACUUGUUUCUCUGCACCUCAACUCGUCGAACAAUGGUAAACCAAGGUCUUCUUCGACCGACUACAGGUGA